UGAUCUACCUGUAUACCAAAUCUUAAACUUCCCAUUUUUACAUCUGAUUGUACGGGCUACUGGCUCUUCAUUUUAGUUGAAAAGUCAAUGUAUCUGGUUUUAAUUAGGAGGAGCAAGUUUUCGGGGUCUCUGAUAAUCGACACGGAGGACGUCCCAUUCCGUUGUUGCAUCCGUUUUGAAAGUUGUGUCACAACAAAAAAACACUUGUAUAUGCUACAACCCACGCAGUGUUCAUUGUAGACGAGAGUAAACAUGGCGCUUAACAUGGACACGCUGCUGAUGUAUUUAGGUCGUCCAGGGAGAUACCAGAUCAUUGUGUGCCUGCUUCUCUGUUUUAACUACUUUCAAAUUACUUUUAACCACCUGUGCAUGGCGUUUUUCGGAGCGCCACCUCUGUCGUACCGCUGUGACGCCGGGGCUCUGAGCGCAGCCACGAACCUCACUGACAAUAGCUGUCCCGCUGAUGUAAAGGCGGACAUUUGGUGUAAAGUCCGCGAGAACUGUACCACAUGUAAUCACUCUACACCUUAUGUCACAGAGGAGAGGGAAUGGACUAUCGUGACCGAGUUCGAUUUGGUAUGCGACCAGAAGUACCUGUCCAACCUGGCCACAACCAUUUACUUCGUAGGGGUGAUGGUCGGUGGUGUAUUUUUCGGCCACGUCGCUGACGCCAUUGGUCGAUUUCCUGUGCUGAUAGCCUGCCUGUACCUCCCCGUGGGCGUUGGUAUUGGAAUGUCUUUCGCACAGAGCUACGUCGUUUUCGCCAUCCUGAGAUUCUUCAUGGGGUUUCUGAUGCAGGGUUUACAGAUCGUCAACGUAUCUAUGAUCAUGGAGUACUUCUCCCCUAAGCACCGUGGGGUCGCGGCCUGUGUCUUGGAAGUAUUCUGGGGGCUCGGAGUCUUCAUACUGGCCCUCAUCGCCUACCUCAUCCGGGACUGGAGAUGGAUGCAACGAUGCUUUUCUCUUCUUAUUCUCCUCACUGUUUUCUACGUCUGGUUGUUUCCAGAGUCUCUAAGAUGGCUUCUUUCGAAACGGAAGUAUUUGCGAGCAGAAAAGCUGACUCAGAAAAUUGCUAAGUACAACGGUCUCUCCGAAGUUCCCCCGGAAGCUGUGGCUAUUCUAAAAGAGCAUGAAGACCAGCCUCCCGACGGCGUUGUGUAUAACAUCUCACAUAUCUUCAGAAAUAGAAAUACUCUUAAACGAUCAAUCAUCUUGUGGUAUAUUUGGUUUGCAGUGUCCAUAGGCUAUUACGGUCUUAUUCUCAACACAGGAAGACUGGACGGAUUUAAAUACACAAACUUCAUUAUUGGUGCUGGUGUAGAGAUUGGUGCCUAUCUCUUAGCCAUACUAAUUUUGUACUAUUGCGGACGACGAUGGCCAAUGAUGGCGUACUUUGCCGCAGGCGGGAUAGCUUGUAUUGUGGCUGGCAAUAUUACAGACCAAACAGCGAAGACGGUAUUAGCGUUGGUCGGCAGAUUCGGCAUGGCUGGAGCCUUCAGUGUCAUGUUUCUCUACACAUCAGAGCUAUACCCUACAGUUCUCAGGAAUGUUGGUUUGGGUUCGUGUGUUUUCUGGACGAGGAUCGGAGGUCUUCUGGCGCCACAAAUAAACUUACUGGGAGCGGAAACCUACAAACCUUUGCCAUUCAUCUUGUUCGGAGCUCUGUCUAUAGCCGCCGCCAUUUUGGGUUUGCUCUUACCGGAAACCCUGAAUCGGGAACUUCCUGACACGCUCGAGGACUCAGAAAACAUGGGUUGGGGCUGCGCACGCAGAUCCAAGGCCUACAACCUGUCAGAGUCAAAGCCAACCGAAACCAAACAGACAAAAUUCUAGAUGAAAGAAAAAUGCUCUGUAUCUCUGUCCGACACAAAAAGGUUUAACUACAUUUCCUAGUUUAAGAAAUUUUUAGAAAUUUUGCGCUCUCAUCCGAUCGGGAGAUCGUCCAACUGAAUUCUUGCUCACGUUAUUUGUGGAAAUGAAGUCGGCACUGUCACUCAUUUGUGUUUUGAAACAUAGUAUUGACGGGUGCCCAGCUUUGACCUCUUCGCGUAUGUAGAGGUUACGUAUUGGACAGAAUUGGAGUAGGUACGUUUUACUUUAGAUCCAGUAAGUGAACAGCCAGUAUUUUGUAAACAUUUUGCAGGUGUUGUCUUAGGUAUGAAGAUUGUGGACACAACACUGUCUCUAAGCUUUGUUUACACCACUGUGAUCACUAGACUAGUUUGAACAUGCCGAACAAAUGGGAUUGUAGACUAUAGACUACCUCAACAAUAAUAUCUUACAUAUAAUUAUUUUAGGUGUCCAUUCGAAUCACCUGCGCAUGCAUUAGAUAAAUAGAAUGCUUAUAUAGCAAGUAUUAAUAUAGAAAAGGACGUGAGAUGGCCUGUCAGCAACUUGUGGAUGGGCUGUGCCCGGUUUUCUCCCACCAUAAUGUUGUCAGCCAUCUUACAAGUGAAGUAUUCUUAAGAACGGCGUAAAUGUCCAAUCAAUUAAAUAAAUAGUUCAAAAAAAUAAAUAAAUAAAUGUAGAAUAGGUUGAAACAGAUGUUUUUGCUGACAUCACCUCGUGUCUUCGCUGUCACAUCCCAGUGACUUUAGCGUUAUUCAGGAUUUCUGUAAAAUAAAAUUGAUAGGUGCCACGAUGGAAAGAGAGCGUACGGAGGGGCGCAUGCGCUGUAAGGUGUAUGUGUCUGCAAUUAUUAAUUGCAUGUAUUUUGUAGCAAGACAUUAUAUUAAUUGCCUCCAGUUGAUAAAGACGGGGACAUUAUUUUGUUUAUGAUAUAUGAUAUUUUGGAAGAGAGAAUCUGAAUUUUUGCACGUUUUAAAUUUGCAUUAGCUUUAUUUUGAAUGUGUUGAUUUAUUUGUUUUGAUA